AUGUCCUUCUUUUUUAGACACUCCGGUGAAACUGUUAGUCGUCAUUUUCAUAGAGUGCUAGAUGGUUUGAUAGAGGUGGAGGGAAAAAUUUUAAAACAACAUGAUGGAACACAAGUGCCUCCGCAGAUACUUAACAACCAUAGAUUCUACCCGUAUUUUAAUAUAAACAAAUUUUUUUGCCUUAUACAAAUAUUGAUUAGUUUUCUUGUACACUUUUAA